CUCCUCCCCCUCCCCUGACGCUGAGGCGAAGCAGGGCUCAAAGGAGAAGCAGCGCCGGCCUCGUCUCGCUUCUCCUCAGAGCUCCGCCGCCUCUCCUCGCAGGAGACCGGGAAGGAAGGAAUGUCCCCGCCGGAGAUGCUCCUGCUCCUCGCCUUUGCCUCCAUGACGCCCAGGAGCCACGCGGCCCCCGCCGACGACGACGACGCCUCCUCAGGAGCCGAUUGGCUGACAAGAUUUGGCUAUUUGCUGCCUCCAGAUCCAAACACAGGACAACUGCAGACACAAGAAGAACUCGCCAAAGCCAUUAUGACCAUGCAACAGUUUGGAGGUCUGGAAGCCACGGGAAUUCUAGAUGAAGCCACGUUGAAAUUGAUGAAGACCCCCAGAUGCUCUCUUCCUGAUCUUUUGCAAUCUGAGGCAAGGACGUUGCGACACACACCGGCUGUGACCAAGUGGAACAAAAGGAACUUAUCUUGGAGAGUGCGAACUUUCCCCAAGGAAUCUCAUCUAGGCCAUGACACAGUUCGGGCUCUUAUGUACUAUGCAUUGAAGGUAUGGAGCGAUAUUACACCUCUGAAUUUCCAUGAAGUAGCAGGCAACAAUGCCGACAUCCAGAUUGACUUUUCCAAAACUGAUCACAAUGAUGGAUACCCCUUUGAUGGCCCCGGGGGCAUGGUGGCACAUGCCUUUUCCCCAGGGGAACACCAUGCUGCUGGAGACACACAUUUUGACGAUGACGAAUCUUGGACUUUCCGAUCAUCAGAUGCCCAUGGGAUGGACCUGUUUGCUGUGGCGGUCCAUGAAUUUGGCCAUGCCAUUGGCUUAACCCAUGUCUCUGCUAUUGAAUCGAUCAUGAGGCCCUAUUACCAAGGCCCUGUUGGGGAUCCCCUGAAAUAUGACCUGCCUUAUGAAGACAAAGUUCGGAUCUGGCAGCUGUACGGAGUUCGGGAGUCUGUGUCCUUAACAGCCAAACCUGAGAUAUCGAAAACAAAUGAUCAGCCCGUCUUGCUGGACUUGCCAGAGAAUCGUUCCACCAACCCGCUCAGACGAGAUGCGCCAAACAGAUGUAACACCCACUUUGAUGCAGUGGCUCAGAUUCGAGGAGAAGCUUUCUUCUUCAAAGGGAAAUACUUCUGGAGAUUGACUCGCAAUAAGCACCUGGUCUCCCUCCAGCCAGCUCAGAUCCAUCGUUUCUGGCGGGGAUUGCCUCUCAAUUUAGACAGUGUGGAUGCCGUGUAUGAAAGGAUCCAUGAUCAUAAGAUUGUAUUCUUCAAAGGAGACAAAUACUGGGUGUUCAAAGACAACAACGUGGAAGAGGGUUAUCCUCGACUCAUCUCAGAUUUUGGCUUGCCACUGGGAGGGAUUGAUGCUGCCUUCUCCUGGGCCCUCGACGACAAGACAUAUUUCUUUAAAGACCAUCUCUACUGGUGCUACAAUGAGUACGAGCGGAGGAUGGAGCCUGGCUAUCCACUAGAGACCACUUUGUGGCAGGGGAUCCCCAACAGGUUGGAUGAUGCCACGCGAUGGUCUGAUGGGGCAACUUACUUCUUCAAGGGGAAGGAAUACUGGAAAGUCAUGGACAGCAACUUGGAAGCUGAGCCAGGCUACCCGCAAUCCAUUGCCAGAGACUGGUUGGUGUGUAGUGACAUGCAGGCUGAUGCCCCUGCGCCAGCAGAAAGCACAAGAACCAGGCAACACGCCAAGCAUGACGAAAGCCACUCGAAGAUUGAGGUCUGUUCCUGCACCUCUUCCUCUCCCAACCCUUUCUGGCCCCAUUCAUUGCAAAGACUCAUCAUAAACCUCCUGUUGGCCAGCUUCUGGACAGUCGUUUGGGCUCGUAAACCAUUAUGACAAAGAGCAUCGUAUGGACCGGAGGACUCUGAAGUGAUUCAGGGAUGCAAGAAGAGACGUGGACACAAACACGUGAAAAAAAAAAAUCCGGACUACAACAUUGUUAAAAAGAUGACACAAAGGAACAUAAGAUUCUCCAUGAGAAAUUAAGUGUGGCUUUGUUUUAUUUUUUUACCUUGUUUAAUUUUUCCCCCCUGUUCGGUGUCUUCUAGCGUUCUUUCAUGUUGAUGGACUUCAGCAGUAGAAUCGGUGGGUUUCUCACUCUUUUUCUCUCUUCUCACUCGGCUGCCGAGAUAUUUCAAGGGGUUCCUCGUUUCACUUUGAGCACAUCAAAUACAGACACAGAGCUUAGCGGGGUUUGGCUAGAGCAAAAGAGAAAUCUGUCUCUGCUCUUAUCCCUCCUGGGGGACAGUGACAAUUCCCGAACCCAGGAGAAGGAGGAAUAUGACACACAGAAGCAUCAGAAAUAUCAAAAACCAUGUUUCAUGCUUAUAGCUACACAAGCCAUUCUGGGUUUUCCCUCUAAUGAGCAAUGAUGAAGAACAGGGACAAGAACGAUAUUCCACAUGGCUGGGCAAUCAGGACCUUAUAAAACUACAACUCCCAUAAUUUCAUAGCAUUGAAGUGAUGUCAAACUGCAGUAAUUCUACAGUGUAGAUCAGUGGUUCCCAAUCUUUUUUUGACGAGGGAUCACUUUGACCAGGGACCACUCUCCAAUAUUAGUACCAAAAGGGUUAUGAAACAGUUUUUGGUCAAUUUUCAAUUUGGUUUGGUGCUGAUUCAGAAAAUUGCAUUGGAUAGACCACAUCAGCUCUAGUUUCUGAUACAGAACAUAUGCCAUCCAGGAGUAGCCAUCUGCUCACCCACAGAAAACAUAUUUAAUAAUCUAGAGCUGAUAUUAUUUUAUUUAUUUAUUUACAGUAUUUAUAUUCCGCCCUUCUCACCCCAAAGGGGACUCAGGGCAGAUCACAUUUCACAUAUAAGGCAAACAUUCAGUGCCUUGACAUAGGACAAUGACAAAGACAAACGCAGGCUCCGAGCUGGCCUCGAACUCAUGACCUCUUGGUCAGAAUGAUUGGUCUCAGCUGGCUGCAGCUGGCUGCUCACCAGCUUGCGCCACAGCCCGGACAUGGUAUAUGAUCAUAUGUGGUAUAUGUGUGCAUAUGCUCAGAAGGGGGUCUCAUGCAUUUUCUGGUUAACAGCUCUCUGUCCUUGAUUCAGUGACUGAUCUUUUGUAGCUAUUCCUGUCCUUGCAGUGGAUUGGUGUCUUUUCAUUGAAAUCAAUCCAUUCAAACAAAACAUUGGAAGAGUGUGUGAAAUAUUACCUGUCGGUGGGGGUGGGAGAAAAAAAAGAGAGGCAGAUAAGUGACAAAUUGCACUUAAGAGGAAAUAGAAUGCGAUUCUUGGGACAGAUUUUACCGAUCUGGCGAUUCCCACACCUCUGGGACUCCCACCAUUCCCGGGUGACAAUCAUUAUGGGCAUUGUAGUCCAUGUUGGGAGGUCGGGAUCAAGGUUUGAGGCAGACAGCUUUGGAAGCACCAAAGAAGCCCUUUGGAAGAAACCGAGUGCAAGCGUGUGUUCCUUUCAAAUCCACAGCGACACCUUCCAUGGCAUUCUCUGCAAAUGUUUGUAAUGUAAAUAAUUAAAUAAUUUAAAUUAUU